UUCUCUCGAUCGUUCCUUCGUCCACUCGUUCCAAUUCCUCUUCCAUCGAUCCGAAAGAACUCCCCACAAAAAAAAAGCAAGGGGGGAAAAAGGAGCGAGAGAAAUUUCCCUAACUUCGAAACCCUAAUGGGUUGAGCUCCAGGGUUUUUGUCCAUGGAGUGGGAUAGCGAGAUUGAGGACUCUAGCGGCGGCGAGGAGGAGGAGGAAGAAGAGGGGUUCUUGGCCGCGAUUAUUUAUGUGAAUGAAGGGUUUGAGAAGGGGACGGGGUAUCGAGCUGAGGAGGUCCUUGGAAGGAAUUGUCGAUUCUUGCAAUGCAGAGGUCCAUUCGCGCAAAGACGACAUCCAUUGGUGGACUCAACAGUAGUUUCUGAAAUAAGAAGAUGCCUUGACAGUGGCAUAACAUUUCAGGGUGAUCUAUUAAACUUUAGAAAGGAUGGUUCUCCAUUAAUGAACAAAUUGCAGCUAACCCCAAUAUACGGCGAUGAUGAAAUAACCCAUUUUCUUGGCAUUCAAUUCUUCACUGAAGCAAAUGUUGAUUUAGGUCCGCCCUCUGGUUCUUUCACAAAGGAUUUAAUGAAUUUUUCCACUAGGUUCACACCUGAUUCAUUUUACCGGCCAGUCGCAGUAGAGCAUUUUGGAAAUAUUUGCCGUGAAGUUUGUAACAUGUUUCAACUGAGCGACGAGGUACUAUCUCACAAAAUUCUUUCGAGGUUGGCCCCAAGAGACAUAGCAUCGGUCGGUUCUGUGUGCAAGCGGCUCUAUCAAAUAUCAAAGAAUGAGGACCUCUGGAAAAUGGUGUGCCAGAAUGCAUGGGCUAGCGAGACAACUCGAGCUUUAGAAAGUGUUCCAGCAGCAAAAAGGUUUGGUUGGAGAAGGCUGGCAAGAGAGCUGACCACCCUUGAGGCUGUAGCGUGGAGAAAAGUAACAGUUGGAGGUUCUAUCGAGCCAUCUCGUUGCAAUUUUAGCGCAUGUGCUGUUGGAAACCGUGUUGUUCUCUUUGGUGGUGAAGGGGUGAACAUGCAACCUAUGAAUGAUACGUUUGUCUUAGAUUUGAAUGCCAGUGCGCCAGAAUGGAGGCAUGUCAAGGUGAGCUCCCCACCCCCGGGCCGCUGGGGUCACACCUUGUCUUGUCUAAAUGGAUCAUGGUUAGUAGUAUUUGGUGGUUGUGGAAGACAAGGGCUACUAAAUGACGUCUUCAUAUUGGAUCUUGAUGCAAAACAACCAGCAUGGCGUGAGGUCUCUGGACUCGCCCCUCCUCUCCCUAGAUCUUGGCAUAGUUCUUGCACCCUGGAUGGUACCAAGCUCGUGGUAUCAGGCGGGUGUGCGGAUUCGGGCGUGCUUCUCAGCGACACAUUCUUAUUGGAUCUAACUAUGGAGAGACCGGUUUGGAGAGAAGUACCGGUUUCAUGGACUCCACCAUCAAGACUGGGCCACUCACUGUCUGUCUAUGACACUCGGAAGAUAUUGAUGUUUGGUGGGCUAGCAAAAAGUGGACCUCUCCGUCUUCGAUCAAGUGACGUGUUCACACUGGACUUGAGUGAAGUAGAGCCAUGUUGGAGGUACAUAACUGGGAGUGGGAUGCCUGGAGCUGGGAAUCCUGCUGGUAUUAGCCCACCACCGAGGCUUGACCAUGUUGCUGUGAGUUUACCCGGUGGUAGGAUCUUGAUCUUUGGUGGGUCAGUGGCCGGGCUUCACUCCGCAUCUCAACUUUAUCUAUUGGACCCGACGGAGGAGAAGCCCACAUGGAGAAUACUGAAUGUGCCUGGCCGACCCCCAAGGUUUGCUUGGGGACAUAGUACUUGUGUCGUCGCAGGUACAAAGGCUAUAGUGCUUGGAGGCCAAACUGGAGAGGAAUGGAUGCUAAGCGAGCUUUAUGAACUUUCGUUGGCGAGUUCUGCAUAUGAGAGGAUUGGAGCAUAAUGAAGCUAUCCUGAGGGGUUUUUAAAAAAAAAGAAGUGUUCUCUUGAGAACCAAUGAUGUGAUUAGCUGAUUGGACAUGAUCAUCCACAUCAAAAGGAGGUGGGAAAGAUGGAAAAGAAAGAAAAGAAGAUGAAAGGAGGAAAGAGUGGCCAGUUUUACAUUUUCUCACGUUGGAGUUGAUUGUCACAUGUUUAUAGGGGAGUCUUGGCUGUUGAAAAACUUGGUUGCGCUUAUCAUUGUGUGCGCUAUGCACUUCUGUGAGAUAAGUGGACUUUAAUUAGGCAUUAUUGUAUGAUUUUUAUUAUCACUCCUGUUGCUAUUAUUUUGUAGGAAAUCAAAAGAGAGAUGUAUAUAAUUUGUA